UUUCACUGUGGACCCUUGACAUUGAAUAAUGUGAAUGCACAGACCAGUAUAUCAACAGCGAUAAUGUAAUGUCUCUGUACAAUCUAUCAACCCAAUCCAUCAACCAUCAUGUUGAUGAAUUGUACAGACUGCGGGACAUGCUUCUUCCUCAUGGGACGCUCACUAUCAUCUACGGCGGGCUGCUCUGCUGCUACCCUUGCCGACAAACGUGUAGUGCCUUGACUCCACGGCCCGCCGGUGUGCGAUGGCCAUCUGCUUGGCCUUCUCGAAGCCAAGCUCCUUGAUGGAGAAGGUCUUGGCCAUGUUCUCGCCGUCAUCCCGCCAUUUGGCCCGCCAACUGUUGGUGCUCUUGUCGUAGGUGACGCCCCUCACGCCGCUCUGGUGCUCAGCGGGCUUCUGCACAGACGCCCGCCUGCAACGCUCCAUCUCGAGA